AUACUUACUUCAUAUAAGGUAUUGGAUAUUUCCUUGUUGUAUGGGAACGGGUUGAAUUUUUCAAUUUUUGUGCAUCUAUCGUGAAGUACUAGACGAGUUCUGCAUUUUUUUCUUUCAUCUUCGCGUUCGAGUUGUGUUGUCUAGCAAAAAUAUCUCAUAAUGCCGGCUCUCGAUCCGCGGAUUGUUCAGGGACUGAGUGAAGUCGGUGCUAGUAUUUUGGUGGCAAGAGAUAGUGUACCGAAGCAUGAGAUUAUCGAGGCGUUUCUUGUCAUCUUCGUAUCUGUCUUCGGUGUGGGAGGAGCGAUUAUUUGGGCUGCUCGACAAUGAAAAGGACCGAUCUAUCUGAAAUAUAGGAAAGCGGAACGAACAAAGCGACUACGAAUACGAAACAGAGAUAGGAUAUAUGGUUCACUCCGGCUGGUACCGAGGAUAUAUCUUCUUAGAGCUUGGUCAUGUGUAAGAUAAUUAGAGCUGGAGGGAGGAGUUUCGUUGUUGGGACACGAUUUCUCGAAGAGGAAUCGAUACACAGUGAUAAAAAGUUAAAUUAGGGUUGAUCCACCAAUAUGAUAGUGUCGUAACGUCAUUGUAACAUCUCCUAAUUGAUAGUAGAAUGGUACUCGAAUCGGCAAGGAGUGUUUAGAGACUCUAGAGACCAUUAUUCUUUC